CCGGCACCCGGCGCGGCCGGAAGUGCGCUCGGCGGGACGGGGCGGGACUUCCAGGAGGAGGCGGCAGUUUUGAAAAGUGACAACGGUUGGUGUUUGCUGAGUUUUGACUUGGCCGUGACUGCUACCGGGAUUUGCCGCCCUCCUGCGGGCGGCUGCGGCGGUAGACUAAGAGGAGUCUCCCAAGAUGGAAACUUUGUCUUUCCCCAGAUAUAAUGUAGCUGAGAUUGUGAUUCAUAUUCGCAACAAGUUCUUAACAGGAGCUGAUGGUAAAAACCUCUCCAAGAAUGAUCUUUAUCCAAAUCCAAAGCCUGAAGUCUUGCACAUGAUUUACAUGAGAGCCUUACAAAUAGUAUAUGGAAUUCGACUGGAGCAUUUUUACAUGAUGCCAGUGAACUCGGAAGUCAUGUAUCCACAUAUAAUGGAAGGCUUCUUACCAGUCAGUAAUUUAUUUAUUCAUCUGGAUUCAUUUCUGCCCAUCUGCCGGGUGAAUGAUUUUGAGAUUGCUGAUAUUCUAUAUCCAAAAGCAAAACGGACAAGUCGGUUUUUAAGUGGCAUUAUCAACUUUAUUCACUUCAGAGAAGCCUGCCGUGAGACAUAUAUGGAAUUUCUUUGGCAAUAUAAAUCCUCUGUGGACAAAAUGCAGCAGUUAAAUACUGCUCACCAGGAGGCAUUAAUGAAGUUGGAGAGACUUGAUUCUGUUCCAGUUGAAGAGCAAGAGGAGUUUAAGCAACUUACAGAUGAUAUUCAGGAGCUGCAACAAUCACUGAAUCAGGAGUUCCGUCAAAAAACGAUAGUGCUGCAGGAAGGAAAUUCCCAAAAGAAGUCAGAGAUUUCAGAGAAAACCAAACGCUUGAAUGAACUAAAGCUGUCAGUAGUUUCUUUGAAAGAAAUACAAGACAGUUUGAAAACAAAAAUUGUGGAUUCUCCAGAGAAACUGAAGAAUUAUAAAGAAAAAAUGAAAGAUACAGUCCAGAAGCUUAAAAAUUCCAGGCAAGAAGUGAUGGAAAAAUAUGAAAUCUACAGAGAUUCAGUAGACCGCCUGCCAUCCUGUCAGUCAGAGGUGCAGUUAUAUCAAAAGAAGAUACAGGACCUUGCAGAUAAUAGGGAAAAACUAACCACCAUUUUAAAAGAGAGCCUGAAUUUGGAGGACCAAAUUGAGAGUGAUGAGUCAGAACUGAAGAGAUUGAAGACUGAAGAAAAUUCAUUCAAAAGACUGAUGAUUGUGAAGAAGGAAAAACUUGCUACAGCACAAUUCAAAAUAAAUAAGAAGCAUGAGGAUGUUAAGCAGUACAAACGCUCAGUAAUUGAGGAUUGCAAUAAAGUUCAAGAAAAAAGAGGUGCUGUCUGUGAGCGAGUAACUACAAUAAAUCAAGAAAUCCAAAAAAUUAAGUCUGCAAUUCAACAACUAAAAGAUGCCACCGAAAGGGAGAAACUGAAGUCUCAGGAAAUAUUUCUAAACUUGAAAACUGCUUUGGAGAAAUACCAUGAAGGCAUUGAAAAGGCAACAGAGGAGUGUUAUGAUAGGAUAGAUGAAAAAACAGCUGAACUGAAGAGGAGGAUGUUCAGAAUGUCAACCUGAUUAGCAACGUCACUUGUCUUUGUAAAUGGCUUGCCAUCUUUUAAUUUUUUUGUUUGGAAAGGGAAGAGUGAAGUUGAAACUACUAGAAGUAUCAGAAGUAACAAAUAAUGUUGGCUCAAUCUGUUUUUAUAUACUCAUAUAUAAAUUGUUAUUAGAUAUGCAUUUAAAGUGGACUUUUAUUAAUUUAUAAUUAAAGUAACUUGUGCAGUUAUUCCUGUCUCUAUUCUUCCCCCCUUAUUGUCAGUAGUAGGAGGAGCAAAACAAAAACCAGUACUUAUGAAAUGUGUAUAUAUAUAUAUUUUUCUGUUAAUUUCAUGGCUGUUGUUAAUUUGUUGACAUACAGAGUUGUGGCAUUAUUGAGCCCUGACUGUGCUAUAAACACUGUAGUUGGGAUAUCAUUUAUUUCUCCCUUAAGCAACUUUAGGUAGAUUUUAUUAUUACUACUUUAUAGGUGAUGUCACUAUGAAGAUCUUGAAAAAUUAAAUAGCUGAGCCAAAAUUUGACCAUGCUCUGUAUGAUACCAAAGUCCGGAAUGGUCCCACUAUACCACACUUUCUAAUGUAAUUAUGUGAAAGAGAAAGUUUGAGUGUUUAUUUCUUCAUUGAUGCUAUUAGGAUUUUUAUGAGAAGAAUCGGAUUAGAACAGUGUCUGGCAUGGUAGACACUCAGCUCCUAUUAUCUGUUAGUAUGACAGUCAUGGGAGCUCCAGGUGGUUUUCCUUUUGUCAGGCUUAAUAAAAUGUUCAUGUGGUUAGAGGUUUUCAGUGAGGGGAAAGGCCCUGGAUUGGGAAGAACAGAAGGGGAUAAGCAGUCAAACCACUGCCCUGUCCCUUUCUUGCUUCUCUUUAAAUAAUCACAGAUUUUGAUCCAUAGUAAAGUCGUGCAGUGAGGCCAGUUAAUGGGCAUAAAACAUGACUGUACCUCUGUCAUCUUAAAUUUAAAAUGGACUUUUCUCCAGCUUUAGUGACUGCGCUGUUCCCCGUACUCCGUAUAACCAAAUUUCUUGAGAGUGUUUCGUUCCCCAUUCAUCAUUUCAUCAUGACAUUGUUAUUUUUAGCCAUAGUAAUCUUGUGAACUUUUCUAAGAUCACCAGAAAAUUCCUAGUUCCUAAAAUUCUGUGGAUGCUUUUUAUUGCUUUAUCUUCCUCAAUUCUACCCAUCUAAUACUUCGCAUUUGUCUCAGAAACACCACUGCCUUGGUUCUUUUAGUUCUCUGUCCUUUUUAACUUUUUCCGUCCAAGGGCUUUGUUUUCUGUUCACCUCCUAAGCAUUUGUGUCAUCUUGGCUUCUUCCCUUGACCUUCCUUGUCACACCCACUAUAAUGCUCCUUGAAAACUUUUAGCUGUGGCUUCAGUCAUGAAUUAAACAUUCAUACAACUUCUACAUUUAUGUACAUUUGUCAUAUACCUCCUGAAUUUCAGUCUUGUAUAUUCAAUGCCCAGUACGUGUCUAAAUCUUACGAAGGCAAUCUUCUGGUGAAGCCCAGCGGGCCCUUUCAGAAUAAUGUUCUUCACGCAUAAAAAAAGUACAGGAUUGCAAGAGAAACCAAUUAUAUUCAAAUAUGAUUAUCAAAAAUUUAAAACCAUUGUGGUGAACUGUAUCACUAUGCUUUUGCCUGUGUUGGAAAAGGAACUCAUUCACUGUUAGAAUGUUAAUCUCCCUCCCUUUAUCCGUCUAGUAGCAAGAAUUGUGGAUUAAUGUGCCCACAUCUACUUUUCACUUCUCAUUUGCUCAUGUUGCAGUCUGUAUUCUCAUUGUCACCUGAUGAACUUGGGGCAGUUGUACCAGGCUCCCAGUCUCAAAGCCACCUACAGAGACAUCAGAGUAUUCUGAUGUGCAGAUUGGUUUGUAUCAGUGAUCUGUGCAAAGUUUUUUAACCUUUCAAACUGUCUUGCAAGUGUGCCAAUUUUUAACUGAAAGAGGAACUGUGGAAUACUUUAAAUUUCCAAAGGAAACAACAGUACUUCAUAUCUGUCAGACACCAUAGCUCACCAUAGUUCAGUUGCGUUGUUAGGCUGCCUUAUAUCCCUUUUCAAUUCAUAUGUUUGUGAGGCUAGGGUUUUGGCAUUUGCUGUAAAGAAAAAAACCCAAAUAUUAAAAUCAAAACUUUUAUGGGACAGAUAAUGAGACAGCAAUAUCGAAUCUGAUUCCAAAGUUUGAGAACUUGUACAGCACCCAAUAGGCACAGAUAGCCUAUUAGUACUUAAUUACUUAACAGUAAAAUAAAACGUUUCAGUUUCUGUUAGGUUGCUGAAACAUCCAUUGUUAGAACAUAAAUGCCUGUUAACUUUUUUGGAUGUAACUACUUCAAUGGAACUGUUAAAUAUUUUGUAGGGAACCUUUCUCCUUAUGGAAUAAACUAAAAAUUUUUAACUGCCA